GUACCAUCAUUCCUGGCUUCGCUGUUGCAUUGACUUUUGCAUCUGCUAAAUGAGCCAGAUCCUUCAUUGUUUUGCUUCUUCUCCAAGGAACAAGUUUUUUCCAAUGACGUACCAGGGACUUUGCCAGAUCACCUACAACGUCAUGUUUCCUCAAGCUGUUCACUAUUUUUCCCACUCCUGUUUCCUAAGCAAAAGCAAUAAAGAAGUUAGAAGAGAUACAACAAUCAGCAAUAUUUUCACAGACAUUGUGCUGGCCAGCCCUGGGAAGACACUUUCCUCAGAAGGCAAGCUCUUGGCUGUGAUACUAUCAUUAUUGCAGUCAUGGCGCCUAAGAAGAAGAACAUCAAGAAGAGCAAGGUGGAUAUCAAUGAGCUGACCAUCAUAGUGGAAGAUGGGCCCCUCAGCAAACUGAAUGGUUUGAAUGGCCUUUUGGAAGGAGGGAAUGGCUUCAGUUGUGUUUCAACAGAGGUUUCUGAUGCUCUCUACAGUCCCAAUCUUUUGGAAGGAUUGUGCCAAAUGAGGCUGGAAAACUUCCUCUGUGAUUUAGUCAUUGGUACUAAGACCAAAUCUUUUGAUGUCCACAAAGUAGUUAUGGCUUCCUGUAGUGAUUACUUCCAUAAUAUACUGAAGAAAGAUCCAUCCACUCAAAGAGUAGACCUCAACGAUGUGUCUCCUUUGGGUCUAGCUACUGUCAUUGCAUAUGCCUACACCGGCAAGCUGACACUGUCAUUGUAUACUAUAGGGAGCAUUAUCUCCACAGCCAUUUACUUACAGAUCCAUACCCUUGUAAAGAUGUGCAGUGAUUUUUUGAUGCAAGAAAUCAAUGUCGAAAACUACAUGUACAUUGCCAACAUUGCAGAGACAUAUGGACUCAAGACCGCCAAGGAAGCGGCACAGAAAUUCAUCCGAGACAACUUCAUUGAGUUUUCUGAGUCAGAUCAGUUCUUAAAACUUUCUUUUGACCGGAUCAAUGAACUCCUUGCAGAUGAUGACUUGCAGUUGCCUUCUGAACUGGUUGCAUUCCAGAUUGCAAUGAGAUGGCUGGAGUUUGACCAAAAAAGAGGAAAAUAUGCUGCUGAUCUUUUGAACAACAUCCGGUUUGGUACUAUCUCAGCUCAAGACUUGGUGAAUUAUGUGCAAACUAUACCAAGAAUGAUGCAAGAUAUGGAUUGCCAUAGACUUUUAGUGGAUGCCAUGAAUUACCAUCUACUUCCAUAUCACCAGAAUACACUACAGUCUAGAAGAACAAGGAUUCGUGGUGGAUUACGAGUCCUGGUCACAGUUGGGGGACGCCCAGCUUUAACAGAGAAAUCCCUUAGCAGAGACAUUUUAUACAGAGAUCCAGACAAUGGAUGGAAGAGGCUUACAGAAAUGCCAGCUAAGAGCUUCAACCAAUGUGUCACCGUGAUGGAUGGAUUUCUCUAUGUGGCAGGUGGUGAAGACCAGAACGAUGCCAGGAAUCAGGCUAAGCAUGCGGUCAGCAAUUUCUCCAGAUAUGAUCCUCGUUUCAACACAUGGCUCCAUCUGGCCAAUAUGAAUCAAAAGCGCACGCAUUUCAGCCUGAAUGUGUUCAAUGGCCUCCUUUUUGCAGUCGGUGGUCGCAACUCUGAGGGAUGUCUCUCUUCUGUUGAAUGUUACGUCCCUACCAUUAACCAGUGGCAAAUGAAAGCUGCACUGGAAGUGGCUCGCUGUUGCCAUGCCAGUGCAGUCAUAGAUGGCAGGAUCUUGGUCACGGGAGGGUACAUAAAUAAUGCUUAUUCGCGUUCUGUUUGUAUGUACGACCCUGCUGGUGACAACUGGCAAGACAAGCCCAGCCUGAGCACUCCGAGAGGGUGGCACUGUGCCGUCUCCCUGGGGGAAAAGGUCUAUGUCAUGGGGGGGUCCCAGCUGGGAGGUCGUGGCGAACGUGUUGAUGUGCUGCCGGUUGAGUGUUACAGCCCUUACUCAGGCCAAUGGAAUUAUGUGGCACCUCUUCCCACAGGGGUGAGCACUGCAGGGGCUUCCACCCUCAAUGGGAGGAUUUACUUAGUGGGAGGCUGGAAUGAAAUAGAAAAGAAGUACAAGAAAUGCAUCCAGUGCUACAACCCUGAUCUUAAUGAAUGGACCGAAGAGGAUGAGUUGCCUGAAGCCACCGUAGGAGUGUCAUGCUGUACCAUUGCCAUGCCCAGCACUAAGACCAGAGAAUCCAGGGCAAGCUCAGUAUCUUCAGUGCCAGUCAGUAUUUAAGGAGUUCAUAAUGUAGGUUUAGUAGGGCUAGAUGUAAAGUAAACCAUUAUUUAAAAGUUUGCCAUAAUCCCUUUAGGGAGCCACAUAUGCCAAUAUCAAGAGGGAUUAGGAGACCAAUGGGUUAAAUCCAAUGUUGGUCCCAUCUAGAGUAGAUCUAUAAGUGUGAAUCAUUGAUCGUUAUUAACUGAAGUCCAUCACAAUGAGUCUGCUCAGGGGUAGGGAUCACACAGUCCGCCAGACAUCACUGGACUUUGGCUCCAAACUUUCCUCACUGGUUAGGCAAGCUAGGGAAGUCUCAUAACAUCUGGAAAAGAGCUUUUCAUUUGCAAUUGUUAUUACAUUGGAAAUACAUGGUGUAACCUAAGAGAUAUGAAAUGUUUUAAACUUUCUUAGCACAAAACGGAGCCCUUCAAUUUUGUCACUAAACAACAAAUGUUGUUUAAUAUUCCAUCUCAUUUCUCUCAAAAUCAUUCUCCAGAUUGCAUAGUUUACUUAGAUAAAAUUAUUGAAAUCCUGGCUUUCAACAGGCUAGCAAAUAAAUGAAUUUUGUGGGGAAGAUGCUACCCAAAUUCUCAACCAACCAUAAUAUCUUUCAAUUCUACUCUUGAUAGUUGAGUGCUUUGCAUCCCUACUCAAAAGUUAUUUCCAGUGAGUUGAAUAAGGCUACUUCUAAGUAAGUGUGCAAUCUUAUAGAGGUGUACUCAAAAAUAAGUCCCAUUGAUUUCAGUAGGACUAAUUCCCAGAUAAAUGUGCUAGGUAAAACUGAGAAUUAUAUAUUUGUCUAGACGACAACUCCCAGCAGCUAGGUUACUUAGGACUGCAGGAAGUUGCAACUCAACAUCUAGAAAGCUGCAAAAUUUCCAUCGCUCCUCUAAAAGACUGAUGCCCAAUUUAUCAUUUACAUUUAUCUCGAUAAUACCAUAUAUAUAUAUAUAUAUAUAUAUAUAUAUAUAUAUAUAUAUAUAUAUAUAUCUGCAAAAUAUUGCAAAAUUUUCCAAAUAUUGUUCCAUUACAUCAUUAACAAAAAUGUUUAUACUUUUGAAAAUUAUUGCCCCCUUCUCUAAUACCUCAUAGUAAUAAGCAAGGUGAAAUUUGAAAUAUCUUUUGGUCCAAUGAAUAGUUUAAGUUUAAUUAGUUCUGUUUAAGAUGAAGAAAUGGGAAAUUUUGGGAUCCAACAUCUUAAUGUUAAUUUAAUAAAGCAUUAUCACUUGAAUUGCUCAUAUUAUGUAGUGUAGAAGAAGAAUGGAGUAUAAUUAGACGAGUCUGAGCAGCUUCUUUUUGUUUAUAUACUUGAAUGGCCUGGUAAGUGUUGCUCAAUCAUACUUUAUACUGAUCAUAUAAAAAUUAGAAAUCAUGUCAGCUUCAGGUUAUGCAAGAAAAAUAGCCCAAUGUGUUUGGGGAUUUUGUUUAUUUAUAAGUAUGCGUGUGGAAGUGCAUAAGAUGGUAAGACAUGAAUUGCUAUGUCUCUGUGCCUAUAAAAAUGUUCACCAAACUUGAAAUAUCACAGUAGGCAUGGUGCUACAUGUCUUGAUGUGUUUCCUGUUCAGGAACAGUCAAAAGGUAUACUGUGGUUCAUUGAUGGGCCACAUGCCAAUUUCUACUAGUGGGUCUUCUACUGCCUGCGUAAUACUGGGGCUCCUGAUUGUGUGCUUGAAGAUGUAUCUACUGCAGCACAGUGUUAAUUAAUCAACAAGCAAGAACAAAAUCAAUAGGCAAAAACCUUGGGCAACCCCUUCUGUUAUAGUCCACCUCUGUUGUCCAGAGUCCCAUUUUUCCCUGACUAAUGUGAAUGCUCUAAUUACAGCGAAUUCUCCCACAGAAUUCUGAUUAAUUAUAGUGGCACUUGCCUAGUAGCCAUGAGUAAUGUGCCACUGAUAUCCCUCUUCAACACAAAGUCCUUUCUACCAUUGCAUCCAGGUGGAAAGAAAUGGGAUGAAGAGCAGAAGAGAUGCCUAGCCAAUGGAAAGUAGAGAUGUGCUGACCAGGGAGGUCCAUUAAACUGAAUUAUGUAAAGAAUGCUUGUUUCAGAUCAUAUGGAUUAGUUAUGCCUUAGGGAUGAAGAGAACCUUGAUACAUAUUCUUGCUUGAUGUGAUUGUGAUUGUGGUAAUGAAACUGGCAUCAGACGAGGCAAGCUACUUGCUCCACAUCUAAAUGGAAUGUAUAUGCAUAUAUAUGACCUAUGAACACACAUGCCCAUUGCCCGCAUCUUGAGGAGCAAAGGUUCCAUGUUGUCAAACAAUGCAGAUACUCUAAAUGCAAGAGGGAAUGGGCCUCUGUGAAAUUACACUGUAAUUCUCCUCAGCUUCUGUACAAUCAGGUUUCAUGCAUAGAUGUGCAGCAGUGCUUGGCAUGAAAAGCAGAUAUAAUCUUUGGUUAUCCAGAUAUUUUGGGUUUCAGAUGCCACAAUCCUUUAGCUAUGCAGGGUAAGGAUGUUGUCUGUUAAUGCACAGAAGAUCUGGAGGGUGAAAAUGUUCCCCAAUCCUGGUGUAAAGAACAUAUUGAGAAAAUGUUUACCGAAAGGAAGCUGGAUUUUGCAUCUUGUCCUCAUGCUAAAAGAGGCCUGCGGUUGUUUGUAUUUCAUGUCGCUCUAUAUUUCACAGCCUAGAUCCAGAUCCUAUGAAACAAGUAUUCACCAGAUUUGUCUGUUUCCUGUUAGCCAUUUCAUUACAGUACAAAAUACAUCUGUCCGCCCAAGUCAUGUUAUUGGAUGCAAAAUUAGAAGGUAAGGUCUGGAAAGGAUGACAGAUUGCCAGGUAACAAGGUAAUGCACUUGACAAGCCUUUGUGUAAUUGCCCAAGGCCUAUGUUUAUUUACUGGAGAACCAAGGCGAUAUGUGUGUCUGUGUGAAUGUUUUGUCCUGAUGAAAAGUGUAUUUAUAGCAUCUUAUAUGACCUUUCCCUCCAGUGGAAAGUUUAUUGGGGUCAUGUCCUUUUUUCCAAGGUAUGACAUGCAUUUAUGAUGCACAAAAGUAAUGACAUCGCAUUAAAUGUGGUCAGCCUUGAAUCGAAAAACAGGUGAACAAAUGCUUGGGGUUGCAGGGCAACAUUGACACACUGCAGGACCUUGGAAGCAAAGAUCCACCCCCAAAAAGUCCUUCCUGGGUUAUUGUUUGUCUUUAACUAACGUCCCCCCCCCCCAAUUAUUUGUACCCAGAAAAGGCCUUUUUCAAGCAGAAAGUAAACUAUUAUUUACAUGGCUAGUAUUCUGAAUAAGCUACCUAGUUAAACAUACAUAACUAAGUUAUCUGUCCUCUCUUGACCCCCCACCCACCAAAAAAAAAACCUACCAGAUUACUAAAUCUAGGUUACUGUGACGCUAUUGUUAACAGCAAGUUUAACUUAAAAUUUCUCAGGGGCCAGUCAGGAGUGUGUGCACACAAAAACACUAAAAUUGUUCCACUUCAGAAAUUGGAGGUGGCAUUUAGAUUUCUUUUCUUCCCAAAUAUCACAUUAAAUAUCAUUAAAACGUCUUGUAUAAGGUAACAGACUAAUAAAGUUUCAUUUGGCAUAAGCUUUCAUGAACGCUGUGUACCCAGUGCAGCCAGCUGGCAUCCACAAAAGCUUAUUCUAAAUAGAACCUGCUAGCUUUUAAAGAGUGACAAGAAUCUUGGUCCAUGUUGCUGAUCCAGCCCUAACUCCACCAUCCAAAGUCUGUACAGAAUCCACCAACAGUCUAUGUUUUUGUGACUUCUGGGCCACUAUAAGGAUAGUAAGAUUAAAUUCAGAUUCUGUAUUUAUGACUGUAUCUUGAGUUGUCAAAUCCAUUUAAAAGGAUAUUUGUAGAUGAAAAAGUAUUUAUGUUAGAGAUAAUGACCAUCAAAUUUGCUAUCUCUUGUUCAAAUAUUGGCUUGAACUAUACUUUUUUAAAAAAAUCUCAUCAUCUGAAGAUUAGCCUCAAAGUCAUUUAGGCCAAGAAUGUCUUCAGAAUAUUUGCUAAGACUUACCUCUGUUUUUACUGAUGCUCACCUGUGUGUUGACGGAAUCCUGAUAGGCAAAAAUAGGUAGGUCAAAACUUUCCAUGAAUGGCUGGUCCGAUUGCAGUGGUACUUAUAAUUAAUUGAUCACAGUCAGUUACAGGUUUCUUUGUUCUUUCUCCAUGAAUGGUGAGGUGGGUGCAAGUUUCAUCUGUGUGUUUCUUUGGGUCAUACAAUAGUUACUGGAAUGGAAAAAAAGGUAUCCACAACCAACCAGAAAGAAUUAGUAUACGACAGAAGACAGAUCAAAGGAUGAAAUGAACACGGAGGAAAAAUGCAUAAUAUUCAGCUUGAAACUGAUUUCAUAGUAAUAUUUAAAAGAUCUUAAGAUAUUGUCAGUUGUUGUACCUAGAUAAGUACAUGUUUUAUAAGAGAAGCAGGAAUUAUUGUCCCUGGAAACUAAAUGUGUUGCUUCCUAAUAAUACUACUGACAGUUCACUGAUUUAUAAUGCGUUAGGUCACAAGGAAAAAUGACUGUAAUUUUCUAAUAAUGAGAAUGAAUAGAAGAAACAUUUUGUUUGUGUACAUUUUCCUCUUCAUUGUAGAUAUAAAUUCACAAAUGGAAAACAACUGUACUCAGCUCCUUGUCAUAUUGUUAUGCCUAUAAAUACACUUUAAAGAGA